GUGUUUGUAUGCAGCUAGUGGCCUUGCACGGAAUGCUGGGCUGUCUUGUGUUGUAGCAAUGUCCCCAGUCAGGUUGUGCGACCUGUAGCUCUCUAUUACGAGUCUCUGCCAAGAGUAGCUGAAGGGCAUCAGUGUGGUUGUGCUGCUAGUGGAACAGGAGCGAAAUAGACUCCCCUAGUGUGGCCCUGGGACACGUGACCCAAACACAGCAGCAAUGGCCGUGUUCUGCCUGUAGUUGCUCUUAUUUUCUCUCGCUUGUUUGUCCACAACUGUGCGCCUUCGUGUAUAAUCUAUAACCGCUUAUUCUAAGGUAUCCUGGGGACACAUCGCCUCAGAAACUGGCAGCUCCCGGCUUCCUUCCUAAUAUUGUGCACACGUGAGCCCCUUAUUUCGCUCCCUAUGCUGAAACCAGCGGGAUGUGGGGCAAGCUGACCCUUCCGUCCUCCCGUAGCUCCCGGCGUGUCCUUUAGUAACAGUUGGAAGGCAGCCCGGUGGGUUCAGCGAUUGCUUUACGCGUUUAUCAGGAUAUCUGUUAGGGGAUGCUGGGAAAUGCUUAUCCUGAAGGAAGGGAAUGAGGCGAUGGCAGAUUGUUGGCGUUAGACACGUGUUCUGCUGCUGCUGCUGCAGUUGUAUUUGUGCGAUCAGUGCCCGGCCGGAUGGCCACACGUGUUGGUCAGUGCGCUACUUGUUAUUGUUCCGCACCUCCCGCUUCCUUCCCUCCGCCCCUUCCCUGCCUUUGUGUCUCGGUCUGGCUCUAACUGUGCAAACUCGGGGGGCGACGGCUGAGCACCGGCAAGUACUAGGGGCUCAUAUGGCCGAUGCCUUCUGUGUUUUGAGCAGGGGCCAGCGAUUGGGCCGUUCCCUUUGUUAUUGCUUUGUGGUUCCUGCUGAGCACAUGGUCUGAGUCUGAGCUGCUCUUAAAGCGACAGCUUCAAUGCAGACUGGCUCACUUGUGCCCACCUUGUCUGCUUCAGCACCCGAGCGACUAUCCAGCAGCCAGGGACAGAGUGCAGACGGCAGGCGUGAAGAUACGGCGUGUUGUGGAAGCCCCUCUCACCACUCCGCCUUCCCGACGUCACAAAUGCGACCAUGGGAGCUGGCAGUGAGUAGGUGGCCUACCUCAGCCCCCAUUAACCAGCGGAGGUUCUUGGGGCCCUGCAGCACCCCUGCACACCUCAGACGAAGCCCUCCAGUGAGGCAUCAGUGGGGACGGAGAGAUAGACCUCAGCAGGGUGUCCUUGGUCAGGAUGAUGGCAAUUUGCGACCAGCCUUCUUUCCUGUAGAUGAACAUAGAAUCUUGGCCCUCACCAGUGCUCCAUCACGAAUGCUUCACCCAUCGUCACACUCUACCCAGCAGACACCAUUCAUGGUCGACCUCCAUGAACAGGUGCAUCAGGGACCUGUCCCUUUAUCUUACACUGUUACCACAGUAACCACCCAAGGAUUUCCCCUGCACACUGGCCAGCACAUUCCUGGAUGCAGUGCCCAGCAGCUGCCAGCAUGCUCUGUCAUGAUCAGUGGGCAGCAUUACCCGCUUUGCUGCCUGCCACCUCCACUGAUCCCAGGAUGCACCAUGCAGCAGCUUCCUGUAUCUUACCAGCCAUUUCCUCCUCUGCUCUCCAACGAACAUUAUAUUUUACAUCCUCAGCCACCACUGCCUCCACACCAGCCACCUCACCUGACUUCACUUUCUCCGUUUGUUACAGUGCAGCCGCAGAGAAUGCCUCUACAGAGAAUAGACAAUGAGCUGGAUAUUCGGGGGGACCAACAUCACAUGGGCAACUUCCCAUUCCACCACUCCCAUCCUAUACCUGCACUGCCUCCUUCAAUGCCCAUGCAUUACCUCUCCCAUGAUGCCCUGCACCAGGAGCUAUCCUUUCCAGUGCCAUAUGCUCAUCUGAUGCCACGGCGACUAAAUGCCCAGCGUUAUCGCCUGCAACAACCACUGCCGCCACCUCCACUGCCCCCAUCUUAUUACCCAAGUUUCCUGCCCUACUUCCUUUCCAUGCUUCCUGUGUCUCCUGCCUCAGUUGGACCAGCCAUCAGUCUUGAUCUGGAUGUGGAUGAUGUGGAAAUGGAGAAUUAUGAGGCAUUGCUGAACUUGGCUGAACGUUUAGGAGAGGCAAAGCCACGGGGACUCACCAAAGCCAAUAUUGAGCAGCUUCCCUCUUACCGCUUCAAUGCUGAAAGCCACCAGUCUGACCAGACGCUAUGCGUGGUUUGCUUUAGUGACUUUGAAAGCAGGCAGCUCCUCCGAGUAUUACCUUGCAAUCACGAGUUUCACGCAAAGUGUGUCGACAAGUGGCUCAAGUCAAAUCGCACAUGUCCCAUCUGUCGGGCUGAUGCCUCUGAGGCUCACAGAGAUGGGGAAUGAGGAAAGGAUAUUGCCCUCUCCUCCAGCUGGCGCACAAACCCAGAGGGAUGAACACAAAACAUACCAGCCUCCUUGCCUGACUCGGAUGCUUCAGCUGCCCCUUUCUUCUGCGUCUGUCGUUUGGCCAGGACAUAUAGCAGCUUUGGAUCUGGAGGUGGUGUCAAGUCGCACAUUCCACCGUCUCCACCCUAUUACCUCUACACCCCAAUUCUUUCCAGCCCCUGCUUUGUCUCAUUUGUGGGCAUGGGGAGGAAUCGGAGGUGUGCUGGAGAUAUAUUGGGUCUGAAAGGGCAACAGUUUCCUUCUCCGCCUCCCAGUGAGGAAAAAGACUGGCUCAUGAGGGCCUGUGCUGGCUCCCUAUGGGAAUCUCGAGGCAUUACCAGGGACAACCCUGUUUUUAAGUCAUUCUGCUGCCAAGCUCUCUGUGUGAGGGGCUAGUCACCGCUGCUUCGUUAAAUAUGUUUGCACUGAGCCCUAGCUGCGCUUUUUAUUUUCCUUUCAUUCUUGUUGUAUGGCAGCAUUCCAUUAACCCAUUUUACUGCAGAGGUAGGGUCUUUGUUCUUUUUCACGACGAUUGCCUGCCAUGGAUUAGUUCCCUACGGUGGCUUAUUUGUGAGAAGAAUUAGACUUGCAAAGAAAAUGAGAUUUCGAUUCUGGGAAAGAAUCGCUCAAGUCAUAUUGAUAUUCCUUCUCUAGCACUUUUCCUACUCAAAAACAUGCCAGGCACAGUUCAACUAGAAAAAGCUGCAUUCAGUGUUAUGUCAAUGUCACAGUUGAAUGUUUUGGUUCACCACCUAAUUUCCAGGUAUCUUCUUUAUAGCUGAAUGAUUCUUUGUUUUUGCACCUUCAUAGGACCAAUGUGAUGUCUUUACUGUCCCAGUGUGGGCUCUAGGUUAGUCCCCUCUGCUAGCGGCUAAGUGCUACUGGGAACAGAAGCCUGUAAUGUCAUUUUCUGCUAUGAAGAGCCCUGGUAAUGCCUCCUUACUAUAUUUUGUUUGGCAGCAGGUUACACAAUGACAGGGCACACUGAUGCACGCCAAGCUGUGUUUUUAUGGGUGUGUUGCACUAUAUGUACCUGCAUUUUCCCCACCACAGCUCCCGUGUAAGUCAGGACCACGGGGGGAACCUGGGCGAGCGGCUGCCUUAUUUAUCGAUUUGUAUCUUUUUUUUUUAGUUUGAAUUUGCAUGAUAGAACAGAAAGAAACGACAAGAGCCAGCCAAGCAUUUCCGAUCUAUGUACAUGUUUAACGGUCGGGCAGAAAGUCUUAAUGUUUCACAAUAUGCAUGUGUGAGCAGCUUGGAAUAUGGUAUCCGCUAACCCUCAGCCGUGUGUGGAGUGAAGUGAGGGGGGUGGGUGGGAUUAAGCAUUAUAUAGGGGUAUGUAUCUUGCUGCGCUCGUUCCUGCUGUGCACUUGUUCGCCAAGCAGAAGGCACCUGAACUGUUUGUAGGGAUAUGAAUGUUUUUUUUUUUUUUUUUUUUUUUAAAGGUCACACUCGGGCAGGGAUUGUGUGUUUUCAGACCAAACGUUUACUACUUUCACCAUAAAAAGAGAAAUGAAUACUGGACCAGAUAACGCUGAAUGUGUUGGUGGAUAGUGUCACAACAUAUACGGCUGCCCUUAUUCUCAUUCUUUUCUGGUCAUUCCCUUUUGGCAAGAAGGCUCAUUUAUGCAGCUGUCCAUGCUCAAAUCCUGGAACCAUGGAAGUAAAAACAAGAAAUCAUUCUAAUAAACCUGGCUCACAUUUCAUCUCCUCUAGCUGACCGGCAAGGGGUUAAUCUUAAUUCAUUAACAGGACAGGGGACGAGAUGUUCAGUUGUUGAGGUUCCAUCCUGCACACCCCUCAAUAUCGCCGAUAAAUUCCGGGUCUCUGGGCACACAAACCCUCGGCUGUCUAUUGACAUUCAAGGAUUGGCUGCUUUUCCAGCUUUACAGAUGUCUUCCUUUUUCAUUUGCAAAUGUAUUGCAGAUCAUCAACACACAGUCCACUGGGGCUCAUUUAUAAACACUGGGCAAAUUUGCCCAUGGGCUGUUACCUAUAGCAACCAAUCAGUGAUUAGCUUUUUAAAUCCAGCUGCAAGAAGAAUAAUGAAUGCAGAAAUCUGGUUGCUAUAGGUAACAGCCCACGGGCAAAUUUGCCCAGUGUUGAUAAAUGAGCCCCAGUAUGUUGUUUUGUCAUGCACUGGAAUCCUAACUGUACAUUAUAUAGUGUAGUAACACAUACACAACAUGGUGAACCCAGUCCCCUCUGCAUCUUUAUCCUGAGUUAAGAUCGUAUGUACAAACUGUGAUUUCUAUGGUUCCCUGUCAUUUCGCUCUGGGUUUUACCACGACUGCCAAUGUCCUCUCCAUAGACCUGCAGGCCUGGUGUUUGAAGCCAUAUGACUCCAGUGAUUAAUAUUCCCUCUCCGGGGCAUGAAUGAAGCAUUGAGACAUUUUCCCUCGCCCACAUGAUAAAUCCCCAGGGCCAGUCUAAAGUCUCCAGGGGUAACUGUCGGACUGCAGCAGAGAAACCGCAUAAAGCACUUGUUUUACAGCACACAAGUUACCAAAGGUCUUACUGUAUAUAUUGCAACACUUUCAGAAUUCUAUCACAAGUCCGACAACCGCAGUAUCUGCUGCCUCUAUCCGUUAGCGACUCCUGGAGGCGCCCGUCACACAAAUGAACGAAGUCUCCUGUAAUAAAACGAUUGGCCGUCCUUCCGCCCUCUUGCUCCGUUGUAUAGAGUCAACUCGAGGUUCUGAUGACUGGGAACCUGAACACCAUAGAGCAGCGCUUCUAACCUCAUUAUCAAUCCAAGUACAAGCCUUUGGUUUAGGAUGUCUGAUUGCUGCAUAGAUGCCACUUUUUUUAAGCAAAUUCUUUUUUCUUUACCCCUAUGGUGGGAUAUAGUGGAUUGUUUACUGUAUCAUCCCAACCUCCUGGGCCUCCUACUCACACUGGGCUGUUUUCUCUCAGUUACUGCUCCCACUAAUAUUCCUGCUCCUCCCCAGAGUCGUGGCUUCCCUUACUCAGGGUCCCGGAGGUGUCUUCUGUGUUACAACUGUAUAUCUAUAUGUGUGUGUAUACAUAUAUAGAUAUAGCUCUCUCUAUAAACUUUUUAUUUUGGGCUUUUGGUACUUGCACAUUUACUGGUUACCUCAUUUCCCAUGUAUGUAUUUGAAAAAAAAAAAAUGCUAAUAUAUAGAAAAUGGUUCUUGAAGCUAUCAAAGUAUGUGUGUUUUUUUUUCCCUUCAUUCCAUUGGAAUCAUAUUGGUUUGUAGCAUUUAACAUAACUAGUAAUAUUGUAUUAUAUAUAUGUGUAUACUGAUUGAAAUUUUUAACAGAUUUGUACUUUUUUUAAAAUGAAAGUUGCUAGUUUUGCUUGACCUGGUAGUGCAAUCAUUUAUUUUUUUUAAUGUUGUGGCUGAAUUGAGAGGGUUCUUCACUAAUAAAUGUACAAGGACAA